AUGCACCUGCUCCGGAGGCUCCUCCUCCUCCUCCUCCUGGCAUCGCUGGCCUUCCCCUCGGCCCUGCAUCAGCAGCCUCGGCCUGGCCCGGCCAUGGGCUGCAUAGACAGCAAGUCCACCCUGGCAAGAAUUAUUGCCCAGGGCCUCCUGAAGUACAAUGCUGAAGGCCAAAUCCAGAACAUCGGCCUCUUGGACCAGCUGAAUGUCUCAGGACAGGUGGCCCAGGGGAUGGUGGGCUGGCUGAUGGGUGGCAGCACGAACGUCCAACAGCAGCAAGGCAUCAGCAUCAAAAUCACCAACGUCCAGCUGGAUUGUGGUGGGAUCCAGAUGUCCUUCCCCAAGGAGUGGUUCUCGGCAAACACCUCACUUGAAUUUGACAUUGAAUCGAGAGUGCCCUUAAAUGAGAACAUCGUCAAGAUGCAUGCGUGCAUGGGCCUCACCACGGAGUUCUGGCUGGAGAAAGAUAAGUUUGGCCGGAGGGAGCUGGUAAUGGGCGGAUGCCGGAUAGCGCUCGGCAGCGUGGGCAUGUUGGAUCCCACUGAAGUGAUUCCAUCCAAGACGAAACAUUUUCUCCACAACCUCAAAGAAAACUUGGGGAAACUUACCCCGAAUCUGGUGGCGAAUCAGGUGUGUCCCCUGAUCGGCGAGACCCUCAAGCAGUUGGAUGUGAAGCUGUUGAAAGGCCUCCUAGCAGGUCUUUGAGAAUGGAUGGAAGAGAGCUGCUUUUGGUGUGGACCUGGGGGCUGGAGAAGCCACCUGCGAACCGAGACUGCCUCCUCUCCUU